UUUUUCUUUACUUUUCUAUUUAUUUAUCUAUUUUUUCUAUUUGCUAGAAUAAAAAGUGUAUCUGCCAAUAAAAAAAUACAAAUCUGCCAUAAUUUCAGUGUUUUAUCGGCCAAUUCAUAUUUCUAUAACCCGCCAAUUAAAACUGUUUGCAAUCAAAUUAUAACAGAAAUUAAAAUCAUUUCUAAAAUUAUCACUUCUUUCUCUUAUAAAUAUAAUUAUUAAACCCCUACGCAUUACAAAACAAACAAUCCGCUAAUCGAUUAGAAAAAAAAAAAUACAGUAAUAUGCAAAGUCAUUUAUCCACUACUGUUACUACUACUACUGCCACUGAGACAUCUCAUCCUCGUCGAGUUAGUUUUGACUUGAGUCAUAAUAUCAUUCAUGUUUUGCCUACUUUUGAACAAUGCUGUGAUGCAGCAAAGAAGAAGACUCGGGAAGAAAAAGAAAAAAGAGGCUUAAAUAAACGUAUGUUAAGUGAUGAUAUUAUUAAUGAAAUUCAGCAAGAUUGUUAUGCAAGAUCUCGUCAACAUAAUGAGGAGGAAGAAGAUCAACCUGUUAUUAAAAGUUGUUUAAAAAAGGUAUCUGCUUUUGAUGCACAACCACAACCACCACAACAACAACAGCAAAAGAAGAAAAAGAAUCAUAACAAGAAAGGUCAUAAAAAGAGAAAGAGACAACAUCAUAAGACUCCUUCUAUCAAUGACAAUGUUCCUACAAUUUCUGUAUAUUGAAUUUAUACCAAAAAAGAAAAUAAGCAUGCUGAGGUUGCAUUGCUGCGCUACAUAAGAAGAAGACAACAAACAACGAUGGCUGUUGUCUGUCAUGCUGUCGCCUUCUUAUUUUUGAGGUUAUUUAUUUAUAAAAAGAAGAAACGUAAAAAAAAAAGAGAAAAGAAAAGAAAAAGAAUAGCUAGUAUUGUAAAUAGUUUACUUAAUGCCUUCCACCUUUUAUCUUUUUCUUUUUUUUAAUCAAUAAAUAAUAAUAAAACUAUACUCUUUAUAAUAA